AUGGAGAUCAACAAAUGUCUUUUGCUAGAAAAAAAGAUCCCAAAUGAUCUUUGGGUGGAGGUAGUAAAUACCUCUGUAUAUUUGCUAAAUAGAUUGCCUACUAACACAUUGCAGGACAUGACUCCAUUUGAAGCUUGGUGUGGGAACAAACCAUCAAUACACCAUAUCAAAAUUUGUGGGAUCAUAUGUAAUUAUCGAGUUCCAAAAAUAAAGAGGAAUAAGUUGGAUAACAAGGCUCAUAAAGGAACAUUUGUGGGCUAUAGUUCAUUUAAAGGUUACAUGAUUUUCCGUUUGAAAUCAGAAAAGUUAACUCUCAACCAAGAAGUGAAGUUUGAUGAAAUAGCUGGUUGGGAUUGGAAAAAUGAGAAGACCUCACAUUCUAAUUUAUUUUCAAAAGAGCAGUCUCAACUUUUUGAUGAUGAACUAUUGGAUAAUGUACCAGUUAGGGGUCUUGAACCUUAA